GUGCCCACAGUUUCUGCAGUUAGCCAGCGCCAACACUGCCCGGGGAGUGGAGACAUGUGGAAUUCUCUGUGGAAAACUGAAAAUUUCCAAAAUUCAUCUUUACUUGGAACUGCAAAUUCUCUGCAGCUCUCUCUUCCUGUGGUAAGCAAUGAAGCUUCCCUAACAGGAAGUGUCUGCAACUUCUCCAGAGUCUCUACUCCAGCUGUUAGCUUGUCAUGGAUACUGCCAUCACCUGCUAGCAGCUCAUUCCAGUCACUCAUGGGUAGUGCCUACCUUUACCAACAUUCUAGCACAACUAUGUUGUCUGAGGUUACUGGCCACAGCCCCAUGUCCAUUUCAGCUGCCUCCUAUCCAAGUGUUUUUGAUUGGGAUAUGACAGGAAGCACUGAAAACUCAUCUUCACUUGGGGACCUCACUGUGACUCUCACUGACCAGGACACAAUUGUUUCUUCCAUGUCUAUGACAGUCCAGUAUGAUCAAGCUUCAGAUGCCAAUACCAUGCUCCCUCUGUACCCAUCACUCUCUGCCAGCCUUCUUCAGGGAACAUCAUGUGAAAUUUCAGAUCAAGGACAGAGCCUGUCACUUAAUUAUGAGAAAGGAAGCAGGGUCUAUUACUACAAUCAAAGCACACUGGGACCACUACUGUCUGGAGAACUUAGUCCCUGCAUGCAAUCCUAUGGCUCUAUGUCAAACACAGGAAGUAUGUCCUCUGCCUCUCAACCAGAAAUGGUGAUGGUGCUAAAGGAGGUUCAACCUACAAAUGUCCUACCAGUUACCUCCACCCCUAGGAUCAACUACUCUGAGUCUGCUCAGCCUAUCACAGAAACAAGUUUUGAAGUGAUGGAAACUUCCCUAGAGAUGGACACCUCCCUGGGAGAUCGAAGCUACCCCCCACCUCCUGACUUUGGGGACAUUUCAGUAAUAGCUCCAGUCCAGAGUCCUUCUGAUUUCCUUCCUCCAGCUUCAAGUCAGGAACAAAAAGAGAAUAAGAAUUUGGAUGAGAUUAAAACCAAGCUGUCAAAGGCUCUGGAUGCCUACCAGAUCCCAAUAGAAAACCAAGAUCCUCCACUACUCCCUUUAGAAAUCCCUGAUAUCCACCAGCUUCUGGCCUGCAUUGAUCCUCUUGGCCACGAGGUACAGCCUGGUUCUAAAACUGUCAGUCUAGGAAACAACAGCCUGAGUCUUCGGGAUCAAGGCACACUUGAAAGUGAGAUUGAGUCUGUCAACAGUUUUUCACAGAUCACUACACUGGUGAAGGAUAUUCAACUUCUCUACCUCUUCAAUUCCUUAAAAGAUCUUGACCAAUCCAAAGAUCUCACAGCAAUCAAAGCAGAAGAUACCAGAGCCAUCAAGGUGAAUCAGUCACAGGAAAAGUCAAGUGUCACAAAGACUUCCUCUGGGCAAGUCAGGAAGAACAAGCAUAAAGCUUCUGAGCCUAUCAGUGGUGCUCCCAAGGCCAAAAUCCAGCCAAAGAAUCCAGAGUGCCUGAUAGGGGAAGAAGUGAUUGUUCUCAGUGCUGUAGCCAAACAUUCUAACAGCAAACCUCAGAAAUCUGCAUCUAGCAGGGGCAGCAAAACUAAGGGUCGUGGGCAGGAAAAGACCAAAAGGACCAGGGAAAACAACUCCAAGAAAGCUGGAGAAAGUAAGCAGUCAGGGAACAAAGUCAAGGCAGAAGACAAGCCAACCAUUCCCAAGAUAAAGUCGAAGAAAAACCAACUUGAGCUUAGCCCAGAGAAUUUUAAAAAGCCUCAAAGCUGCCAAGGCAUGCACAUGCCGGAGUCUGUGCAGGUUUUCCGUGUGCUGGGAAAAAAGAGCGAUAAGCAAAUUGGACUCUCUUUCUCCUGGAAGCUGGGAAAUUCAAGCAACAUUAAAUACCCCCAGCCAUCCCCAACUUUCAAACCAUGGCUGGAUACUCCACAUGAGGAUAAAGGUUCUGAGAAAACUCCAGUCAAAGCCCAGAAAACAGAUGGCAGUGCUGGAAAAGAGUGUCCAUCUCCAUCGCAGUAUGAGCUGCCACCACCUGGGAAGGUCAAGUUGGUACCUUUGCCCUUUCCGACCCUGAACAAAUCUCCAGCUCAACCUCUUCCUUGGAGGCCACAUUUUCUGGCUUCACAUAGGGAUGCUGCAGCUAACCCUGCCCAGCCUGCCUCUACUAGCUCAUCUCGACCUAUUGCAGUCCACCUAUCCCAACCAGCUUCUGCCUGUGCAUCUUCAACAGGUCCUGCCAGACCAACUCUGCCAAUUUCCACCAAUGCAACCAGACACAGUUUGAUCAACCUUAGUCAGGCUAGUGAACCUCAGUCUGCCGCUUCUAAGCCAAAACCUUACAAAACAUCACCUUGCACUUCUCCCCAGCAAGAUCCUGUUUCCACUGCUGUGACCAAGCCCCAGUCACCGCCCAAGCCUCAAAACCAAUUUCUACUCCAAGACUUCAGCUGCCAACCAAUUCCAUGGAGGAAACCCAGUAUUUCUGGGCCAGUACUAUCAAAGCCUACCACAAAAGAGCAGAGGCCAGAGCAUGAAGCCAUGAAAAGGAAGGCUCAACAAGAGCGUGAGAAUGCUGCCAAAUACGGCUCUCUGCGGAAACUACAUUUUUUUCGUUGAGAAGGAAAAAGAGAUGGAAAUUUCAUGCUGUAUUAUAUAAGAGAUGCUAAGCAUUUUGGUACCACUUUGAGUACCAGCUGGUUUUCCACAUAUAGAUAGACACAAAUUUCUCUAUUAAAUCUGAUAUAUUUUAAAAAUUUAAUAAAAUUGAAUAAAGAAAUGUAAUAAAAUUGGUUA